CCGAGGCCUUCUUUGUCCACCGUCCUGGGCCUGCUGCUGGGGUCCUGGGGGGCCGGGCCAUGGCGAGCAGGUUGCCCCUGCGGCCUCCAUGGGGGUGGGCCUGGUGCCCAGCUCCCCUGUGCCCCCCUGGGUGCCCUCCGAGCCGCGGGCUGUGCGGGGCCCACCUCCCCGCCGCCCUCCUGCGCACCCGGCCCUUCGUGGGGGGCCAGUGGAUGCCCGCUGACCAGGCCUUGACCUUUGACCUUGCCCAGGCCCGGGCGACUUUCCCCGUGCUGUCCCCGGGCACCGGUGCCCACCUGGCCCGGGUGUCCGACUGCGGGGCGGCCGAGGCCCGGGCCGCCGUCACCGCCGCCUGGCAGGCCCGGCCCGCCUGGCACCGGGCAUCCGCCCAGGAAAGAAGCCGAUUACUUCGCCGGUGGUUCGAUUUAAUGAUCCAGAAUAAAGAUGACCUUGCCAAGAUCAUCACAGCCGAGAACGGAAAACCUCUCAAAGAGGCCCACGGAGAAGUUCUUUAUGCCGCCCAGUUCCUGGAGUGGUUUAGCGAGGAGGCUCGUCGCAUUUACGGCGACAUCAUCUCCACCCCGGCCCAGAACAGGCGGAAUUUGGUGCUGAAGCAGCCUGUUGGGGUGGCGGCGAUCAUCACCCCGUGGAACUUCCCGAGCGCCAUGAUCACGCGGAAGGUGGGCGCGGCGUUGGCCGCCGGCUGCACCGUGGUGGUCAAACCCGCGGAAGACACCCCUCUGUCGGCCCUGGCCCUCGCCGAGCUGGCCAGCCAGGCAGGGAUCCCGGCUGGAGUGUUCAACGUCAUUCCCUGCUCUCGGCCGAAGGCCAAGGAAGUCGGAGAGGCCCUCUGUACCCACCCGCUGGUGGCCAAGAUCUCCUUCACCGGCUCCACGGCGACAGGAAAGAUCCUGUUGCGCUACGCGGCCGACUCGGUGAAGAAGGUGUCCAUGGAGUUGGGAGGCCUGGCCCCCUUCAUCGUCUUCGACAGCGCCGACGUGGACCAGGCCGUGGCCGGAGCCCUGGCAGCCAAGUUUCGCAACUCGGGCCAGACCUGCGUCUGCCCCAACCACUUCCUGGUCCAGAAGGGGAUCCACGACGCCUUCGUGGGAAAGCUUUCCGGAGCGAUGAAGGCCCAGCUGCGCGUGGGCAGCGGAUUCGACGAGGCCACCACUCAGGGACCGCUCAUUAAUGAAAAAGCCGUGGAAAAGGUGGAGAAGCACGUGCGAGACGCGCUGUCCAAAGGGGCCACGCUCGUGACCGGGGGGAAGCGCCACGAGUCCGGGGGAAACUUCUACGAGCCCACCGUCCUCAGCGACGUCUCCACCGACAUGCUCUGCUCCCGCGAAGAGACGUUCGGCCCCCUGGCUCCGGUCAUCAAGUUCGAUACAGAGGAGGAGGCCCUGGCCAUAGCCAACGCGGCCGACGUGGGCCUCGCGGGUUAUUUCUACUCCCAGGACCCGGCCCAGAUCUGGCGCGUGGCCGAGCAGCUGGAAGUCGGCAUGGUGGGCGUCAACGAGGGGCUCCUGUCGGCGGUGGAGUGCCCCUUCGGGGGUGUCAAGCAGUCGGGCCUGGGGCGAGAGGGCUCCAAAUACGGGCUGGACGAAUACCUGGAGGUCAAGUACGUCUGCUACGGGGGGCUGUAGGGGCGUCAGCGGGAAUGUCGCCCGCUUCGGUAGCCCGCCCGCGUCCGUAGUAGCCCGACGGACGGGGGCCCGGAUGGCCAACUCAACGCCCGGGUGUGGACCGGCCUGGAGCUCAUCUGUGUUUGUGAGUAGCGUGCGAGCGGCCGGCCUCCCGGGCUACCGUCCGCACGGUGGCCGGUGGCCACGGGAAGCAGAGGGCCGAAGAGCCCCCCGUCGAAGCCCCAACCCGCCCCCGAGCCGGAAAAGACGCCGUCAUCUUUCCUCCUCUUCCCCUUCCCCAAUGCCCUGGAAGCCGGAUUCGGGUCGCCCAAGUCCCCGAGCCAACCCAGGUCCGUCUUUCGGCCUGGAGCAGAGCUCUCCCUGCCCGGAGGGUCCAAAUCGGGAAGCACACCUCCCCACCCCAACCCUUUUUCCCGCUCUCUCCGCUCUGCCAAGAUUAUUCCCGGCCCUUGGGCGGGAUUCCUGGAAUCGCUCACCGGCAGCUGAAUCACGGGCCCGGGAAGGCCGAAUCAAGGUCCCGGGGCGGCCCAAGGAAAGCCCAUAUGGACCCAAGAUAUCUGGAAACCCGUACGGACCGAUCGAUCAAUCAGUUGUAUUUAUUGAGCGCUUACUGUGUGCAGAGCACUGUACUAAGCGCUUGGGAAGGACAAGUUGGCAACAUAGAGAUGGUCCCUACCCAACAGUGGGCACCGAGGCAAGCGGGCCGCCCUUCUUUCCCAAACCAGAAGUGUACGCGUGUAUGUGUCUCUAACAGAGUCUCAGUAGAGAAGCCCCACGUGUCUGCGGGUAAUAAAUGUUUCAUUCCACAUUUAC